AUCAUCUGGAAGUGGAAGCUAAUGUUAACGGAAGUAGAUUGAGUAACUUAGUCGCUCUCCGUUGAUCGAGUGCACUAUACAAGCCACUUUUAGGGGCGCUGCACUUGCCAGAGGUAUAGGAGUCUCUUCAGCUAUCUACCUUUUGUUUUAGGACAGGCUUCCAGCCAUGUCUGCUGUGGUGGAUCUAAAAACAAAGGAGGAGAAAGAUGCUGAGCUAGACAAAAGGAUUGAAGCUCUAAGGAAGAAGAAUGAGGCUUUGGUCAAGAGAUAUCAGGAAAUACAGGAAGAUAAGAAAAAGGCUGAACAGGAGGGUAUCGCUGUGACAACAACUCGCAAAGCCCGCCCUCAUGAGCCUGAGUCGGAACGGAGAAAGACGGAGAAGGAGAACUUCUCAGUGACCGUCGACUUGUCUAAACCAGCUGGGGAUAAGCAUGUGGUGAAUGACAGGAAACCAGCUGGUAAUCGUGGUGACCAGGGUCCAGAAGAAGAGGAGUCUGCUUGGCCUCGCUGUGAGAGCCCCCCCAACAGAACCGGAUCAGGCCGGCUGAGCAGAGGUGGCCACCGUGGGGGAAGAAGAGAGCCUCGUCCAAACAAAGCGGAACCGUGGCCAGAAAGGCAACCUCAGGAUGGUGAAGGUGGAGAGGGUCCUCCCCGUAUUGAACACUCCUUUAGAGCAGGGCGGAGAGGAGGAAGAGGAGGAACGCAAGGAGGAGGCAGAGGAGGAACGCAAGGAGGAUUAGGCUCAGACAGGAAAUCAAAGGAGUGGGAGGAGAAAAGAAGACAGAACAUAGAGAAGAUGAAUGAGGAGAUGGAAAAGAUUGCUGAAUAUGAGAGAGGUCAAAAGGCUGAGGGAGAGAAAAACCCCAUCAGGAACUUCCUUGAUGACCCUCGGCGCAGUGGGCCAAUCCCAGACAUUGACCGCAAGGAGGGAAGCCGACGACAUGUGCGCAACUGGGGUGGAGUUGACUUUGACAAUGUGAAGACUGGUGGAGAGGUUGAGAAAGAAUGGACGCAGAAUCGUAGGCCAAGUGGUAGAGGCUCAGUGGAUAUGACAUUAUCCAUGACGGGUAGAGAAAGAGCGGAGUAUCUCCGCUGGAAAAAGGAGCGAGAGCAGAUUGAUGAAGAACGGCUGGCUCGUCACCGUAACGCCACCGGCCAGUGGAAACGAGAGUGGGAUGCGCAGAAAACCGAUACAAUGUUCAAGGAGGACUCAUCUGUGGCCGGAGAGGGCACACAAGAACAAAGCAACAGGAGAGAAGACAGCAAGAGGCCGCCCAAGACACCAACCUUUGGCGAGUUCUUGGGCCAGGGCAAACCCAGACAGGGAGGCCGUGGACGAGGGAUGGGCCGCGGUCAGGGCAAAAGCUACAGCAUGCAUGAUAAUCGGUGGGAAGGAGAAAAUGAAGAGGAGAAAGGAAGAAAGGAGGAGCAAGAGAAGGAGACGGAUGAAAAGGACAAAGGGAAAGAAAACGAGAGUGAGGACGGCACCCUCAAGGCUCCAUUUUCAGACAAGAAGAGUGAUGGAGGCCUUGCUGAAGAGGAUGAAGAUGAGUGGGAGGAUGCCAGUGAUGGUGAAGAGGAAAAUGCGGAAGAAGAUGAAAAAGCAGAUCACGAGGAUUACUCGAAAGAUGCUAAACCAACAGAAAAGACCCCUUCCUCUCCUGCACCCUCAACUCCCAGCCCAAAAGAGAAACGUACCCCAAGACCCAAAGUCCACAUACCUUCCCCGCAGGAGACGCUCAGUACACCAGAAGGGCCCAAACCCCUUAGCCCUUUCUCCCCACUGGACAGCCACCAGCCGGUGUCAGAUUGGGGUGAAGAAAUGGAGAUGCAUUCUCCUAAGAGCAGUCUGGGCGAGAGCCCUCUGAGGCCCAGCAGCACUGAAAGCAGUCCAGCCCAACAAAAGAGCAACCAGGCCGAACAGAACACCCCCAGCCAGCCAGAAGAACCAGAAAGAAACGAAAGUGCAUCUACAGUGGUGGGGUCAACUUCCUGUGAAACACAAGAGUUGGUACCUGCUGAAUCUGCCGACUGUACCACCUCGAGCAGCCAUGACACAGCAGAUUCCGAAGUGCCGCCCACCCCAGACAACACCAACCAGAGCAAGGACAGCGACGUCCCUAUUUUAGAACCGGGUCAGAGUGAUUCUGAAACAAAGCCUGGGGAGGAAACGGCAGUGGAUUCUUCAGAGCAACCGUCCUCAGGCUGAGGACUAAAAUGCAGUAGGUGAACUCAGUGGUCCACAGACUGAGAGAGGAGGUAAGCAGAGGAAAGAGGAGACAUCAGGUGUAAUGGACUACUGUUGACUGUAAAUUAAAGGGGUCGAGGGAAGCGUCUUUGGAUCCCUGCCAACGCUUCAUCCAAACAACUCGCUGCAUUGUUUAAUUAUUCCUCAUUGGUUGGGACUCUAUGCUGUUGUCGAGUUGUGUUGCUGCUCUUUUCUCACGUUUACCUUGAUUAAACAGUAAAGCAUGUCACUCAAACCGCAAGAUUACAUUUUUAUGACGUAGCGGUGUAAGUGCCUGUUCCCCAACAUUUGUUUUAUCCAAAAUUUGGCACAACAGCACUCAAGAUACAUAAUAUCUGAGUUCAGAUUUACAUUUGAGGGUUGAUAAGGAACAUAAAGUGUUUUUAUUGCUGAGAGUGGCAUGCUUGAUUUUUUGCAAUCCCUUUGUAAACUAGGGCAUUACUCUUUUCUUUUUUUGUCAGGGCUACUUUUGAAACUAUUACAUAGAUGAAAUUCUCAAAUUACAUUUUAAUAUUAUUUUCAUGAGGAUGAGCUGUAGAUUUUAAGUUUACUAUAAACAAUUGGUGCCCUAGACAUUAUGUGCACACUUACCAAAGAACAAAAUCAUGGUAAAUUGUAGCGUUUGAAUGAGGAAAAUUAACAUUUGGGGCAUCAGAUAAUGUGUACCUCAUUGCUAUCAAAUCUAAUAUUAGUUUGUUCAUUUUUAGUUUUAUUCAUCAUGUUUGUUUAGUAAUCGUAUGCAUUUAUCACAGGUGUAUUUGUGUGUUCCUGAAUUUAAAUGAAUUGAGCAGGAACUUUUAAACUGACAGACAUUCCAAUGCUUUGUGUGAGUGCUUGUUUCUCUCUUCACAUGUGAGUUGUAUAUCCCUGUUUUUCAAUUGAGCUUAUGGAGCAAAAAGAAUCAUGACAUUUGUGAUUGUAUCGUACCUGCUGCAUCUCCCUGCAGACGAAAUGUCUUCCUGUUUGGGGUAAUUAUAUAUAUAAUUUGGUUUGCCUCUUGUAGGAGGUUUGGUUUGGCUUUUCAAAUGUGCAUGUAGCAUGAUAGGCCUACUGAAGUGUUUGUAGGAUUUUCCUCUUAAGUUUUCUUCUAAGACUACAUGCAAUCUAUUUUUU